GCGGGCGCGGGGGAGGCGCGGCGGGCCGGCUUUAUGGCUCGGAGCAGAAGGAGCCGGGGCUGAACGCCCUGCCCACCCAUGGAACUCGCGCCGGUGGCGGCAGCAGUCAUCGCGGCGCCGGGAGAAGGCAGGACAUCGGUGGAGACGCCGCCGGUUAUCUACACGAUGGAGAACAAGCCCAUCGUUACCUGUGCUGGUGAUCAGAGUCUUUUCAGUUCUCUGUAUCCAACACUUUCUCAGCAGCUCCCAAAAGAGCCUAUGGAAUGGAGACGAUCAUAUGGACGGGCCCCUAAGAUGAUCCAUCUGGAAUCUAAUUUUGUACAAUUUAAAGAAGAGCUACUACCUAAAGAAGGGAACAAAGCUCUUCUGACAUUUCCUUUUCUCCAUAUUUAUUGGACAGAAUGUUGUGAUACAGAAGUAUAUAAAGCUACUGUAAAAGAUGACAUCACCAAGUGGCAGAAUGUUCUGAAAGUUCAUAGUUCGAUGGAUUGGUUAAUUGUUGUGGUUGAGUGUGAUGCCAAGAAAAAAAACAAAACAAAUAUCCUUCCUCGAACGUCUAUAGUAGAUAAAAUACGAAAUGAUUUCUGCAAUAAGCAGAGUGACAGAUGUGUAGUUCUCUCUGAUCCUUUGAAAGACACUUCCCGCUCUCAGGAAUCCUGGAAUGCCUUCUUGACAAAACUUAGGACACUUCUUCUCAUGUCCUUUACCAAAAAUCUAGGCAAAUUUGAGGAUGACAUGAGGACUUUGAGAGAGAAGAGGACAGAACCAGGGUGGAGUUUUUGUGACUAUUUUAUGGUCCAGGAAGAAUUGGCUUUCGUAUUUGAAAUGCUUCAGCAAUUUGAAGAUGCCCUGGUGCAAUAUGAUGAACUGGAUGCUCUAUUUUCUCAAUAUGUUGUCAAUUUUGGUGCUGGUGAUGGGGCAAAUUGGCUGACCUUUUUUUGUCAGCCAGUGCGAAGCUGGAAUGGGUUGGUUCUUCGUAAACCAAUAGAUAUGGAAAAAAGAGAACUGAUUCAAAACCAGGAAGCUACUCUGUUAGAUCUGCGCAGUUACCUUUUUUCUCGUCAAUGCACAUUACUGAUCUUCCUUCAGAGGCCAUGGGAAGUAUCUCAGCGAGCACUAGAACUUCUUCAUAAUUGUGUGCAAGAGCUAAAGCUUCUUGAAGUCUCUGUUCCUCCUGGGGCUUUGGAUUGUUGGGUCUUCUUAAGCUGUCUUGAGGUUUUGCAAAGAAUAGAAGGUUGUUGUGAUCGGUCUCAAAUUGAUUCUAAUGUUUCCCACACAGUUGGAUUAUGGAGUUAUGCCACUGAAAAGUUGAAAUCUUUGGGGUACUUAUGUGGACUUGUGUCAGAAAAAGGUCCCAAUUCAGAAGAUCUUAACAGAACAGUUGAUCUUUUGGCAGGACUUGGAGCUGAGCGUCCUGAAACAGCCAAUACAGCACAGUCUCCUUAUAAAAAACUCAAAGAAGCUUUAUCAUCUGUAGAAGCUUUUGAAAAGCAUUAUUUGGAUCUUUCACAUGCUACUAUUGAAAUGUACAAAAAUAUUGGAAGAAAACGCUCAGCAAAUCUUGUUGGAAAGGAUCUGGCAGAGUUUUACAUGAAAAAGAAGAGUCCUCAAAAAGCCGAGAUUUACCUUCAAGGUGCAUUAAAAACUUAUCUUGCUGAAGGAUGGGCAUUGCUUAUUACACAUACACGAAAGCAAUUAGCAGAAUGUCAGAAGCACCUUGGACAAAUUGAAAACUAUCUUCAGACAAGCAGUCUUUUAGCUGGUGAUAAUAACUUAACUGAAGAAGAGCGGAAACAUUUUUGCCAAGAAAUAUUAGAUUUUGCCAAACAACCCUCAGAAAAAGAAGGACAGAAAGUUAUGCUUUCCAUACAUUCCUUUGCACAGUUGAAGAAUCUACAUUUUGAUCCUCCUAAUGCUGUGGUUCAUGUGGGUGGAACCCUAUCUAUAGAACUGACGUUGGUAAAUCUGAUGCCCAUCUCAGUGAAUGUGGAUCACAUUGCUAUUAAUGUCCAUUUCAGCAUUGAAAAAAAUAGCUACCGGAAGACAGCUGAAUGGCUUACAAAGCACAAGACUUCCAAUGGUAUUAUCAACUUUCCAAAUGAAAUUGUAGGUGUUUCUCUUUCAAGAAGUGGCUUACAAGGGCUGGAGUUGUAUGAAAUGUAUGAGAGAAGUCCCUCGGAUAAUUCUUUGAACACAACAGGAAUCAUCUGCAAAAAUGUGCAUAUGCUCUUACGAAGGCAGGAGAGCAGCUCUUCACUGGAAAUACCUAUAGGGCUGACUCUGGAGGAUGGGGCCCACAUAUUAAAAUGUAGCAAUUUAAUACUGGAACCAGGGAUCAAUAAAAUAACUUUCAGAACCCAGGGCAAAGAACCUGGAACAUAUACACUUAGGCAGUUAUGCCUUUCAGUGGGCAAAAUGCAAUUUGUUCUACUUCAUAUUUAUCCAAUUGUGCAGUAUGAUAUCUAUUCUCAGGAGCCGCAGCUAAAAGUGGAACCAUGUACUGAUAGCCUUUUGGCUGGCAUUCCUCAGAAGGUAAAAUUUACAGUGACUACUGGCCACUAUACUAUAAAGAGUGGAGAUGCAUUACAACUAAGUAAUGCUGAUGCUAUGCCUGUCUUGUACCAUCCUGAAAGCAAAGCUGUGAUUUAUUCAAACACUCAAGAAAAGGUAUCAGAAGCAUCAUUAACUGUUCAGUCAUCUGAAAAAAUCACAAGCAUCAGUUUACCGAUGGUUCCUGCUUAUCAUGUGAUUACCUUUGAACUUGAAGUUUUAUACUCACCAUCAGUCCCAAUAUGUAUGAUGGAAAAUGAGAAUCUAUCAAGUAAAGAGUGUAGGAAAAAGGGCAAAGAGAAAGAAACAUCUUACAAUAGCAUGACUACGAUUGACCAAAAGGUAACCAUCGAUUGUCCAUGGUCAAUUUACUCCACUAUUAUUUCACUUACCUUCAGUGUACCUUUUAAAGCCAAGCAUUCCUUAUUAUCAGCAGGCAUAAGGAAAUAUAUACAAGUUUGUGUGCAGAACAUGUCCGAAAUCUGUUUUCAAUUCUCUGAAAAUAAUCUCAAAAGUUCUGACAUUUACCUAGAUUUAAGUCUUCAACCUCUAAAUCCUAAAGCUGAACAGCACAUCUACAGUAAGCAAGCAAUAUUUUUUGUCUGGGAACUGAAGUGGACAAAAGAGCUUCCCCCAACAUUGCAGUGCAUAUUUUCAAUGAACUUUUGUUCUGCACUCUCUGAGGAUCACUCAUUUUCUCUGAAGCCGUACACUUAUGAAUUCCAGCUGGAAAACUUUUUUACAUUGUACAAUGUGAAUGCUGAGAUUUCCCCCCCAUUGGGGGCAGAAUAUUGUAAAACAGGCUCGCUCUGUUCAUUGGAAGUGUCAAUUACCCGUCUUUUAGACCUCCUGGAUGUGGAUAAAGAUGAAGCAUUAACAGAAACUGAUGGAUACUGUACAACCAAACUGAUGUAUGAAGUUGUGGAUGACAGUAGUAACUGGGCAGUCUGUGGAAAGAGUUCGGGGGUAAUAUCUAUGCCAGUAGCAGUUCAAGCAACCCAUAAAGUGCAUAUGGAAGUAAUGCCCCUCUUUGCUGGAUACCUUCCUUUUCCUGAUGUUAAACUAUUUAAAUAUCUCCCCCAUCACUCUGCUCACUUUAUGCAGCUCGACGCUGAUAGCUGGAUUGAAAAUGAUAAUCUCUCUGUGGAUAAAAAUAUGGAUGAUCAAGCUGACAACAGUAGCAUAAAGAGCAGAGGAAGCAUACAUUCAGCAGCCAGUGCAGAACACAAAGGUUUGCCCAUGCCCCGACUUCAAUCAUUUUCCCCUGGACAGGUCUUCAAUUCCAGCUCUGGCAUGCAAAUCCUUGUCAUUCCCAGCAAAGAUGAUCACAUUUUGGAAGUCAAUGUCACAUGACGUUUCUCUGUAAAUGUGUAAAAAUAUGCACAUGAGACUUGAAUAUAAAUGCACUUUAAAAGAUCAUAACCUGAUAGUUCACCAUUGAGAUAUUUUAACACUAUGGCAACUUAUUCCUUACUGGCCCUGGAAGCAUCAGACAAUUGUAUCAAUUUAAAUGUACAGUGAUACUUGUAACUGAUAGAUAAUAUUGUUACAUUUUAUGUAAAAUGAAUUCUGGGAUUUUUUUUCCUCUGUCAUUCUAUUGAUGAAAUAAAAGAUGCUUACCGCAAAUCGUUAAUUUGAGCAGCUUCAAUAAUUAGGUUCCUGCUCAAAUGAUAUUUCAGGUUGACAGUGUAAGUCUUGCAGUGUGGCAAUUAAAUACUGAAGUGGGUGCCUUUCUAGUCACAUGAUUGUCUGAUUUCCUGGACCAGGGUAUUUUUCCAAAUUUCUGUGUAAUAGAGCGAUUCUUAAACCCAUAACUAUCGACAAGAUUUUAAAUAAUGCAUGUGUGUGUGUGUGUGUGUGUGUGUGUGUGUGUGUGGAGGGGGAGGGAGGGAGAGAGAGAGAGAGAGGUUUCUUGAAGACUUAACUUCUUCUGUGCCUUGGAACAUAACAGAUUUAUCAAUCUGCUGAUGCUUUUGAAUUUGUACCAUAUAGAGAAUCACAUUGUCAACACAUGGGAUAAUAUGCAGAGACACAUACACAUAUAUGCAUGCACACCUUGAUACAAGUAGCAAAGAGGCACAAAAGUGGUUAAAUUAAAAUUAAACACACAAUUCAUUUAGUUUGGAGUGAAGACACAAAAAUUGGUCUAAGGUUGUUCCCAAAUCUAAUACUUAAGUGAUUAUGUGUAAGAUAUUAGGUCUUAAGUUAAUUGAUUUUGUUGAAUAUUUCACCUGAUAUUUUUAACACCAAAGUUUCUGUUUCUGUUACAGUUGUUAAUUUAUUAUGGACUGCAGAGCCAUAUAUAUAGUAAAAGAGUAAGUGUGUAUGUACAGUAUAUACACACAAACUUCCAUACCAUACUGUAAACUGAAGAGGCAAGAACUGCAGGGAGCCUUAAUUGUUUUUGCAAUCUGGUUAUAGGUGAAUUUAAGGUCCUAGUUUGAAUUUAUGGUGCAACAAACUGCAUUUACACCAACUGAUUACAUUUUAGUUGUAAAUCUAUUGUAUAAAUGAUUAUUUUAAAAUGUUUGAAAUAAUCUGAUGUAUUUGUCUGUGUAUAAUUUGUUCCAGAAAUCAAUGACAAAAUAAAUGUGUUUUUAAUUGGUGUGAAAAUCAAAGCUUGUAAAUACAUUUAAUAUGUAGAACUUUUUCCAGUUCUUAGAAACAAUGUAUUUUUGUACAUAAACAUUUCUUUAAAUUUCAUUGUAAUUACCUUAGCUGUUGCUCUUAUCAAUUAUUAGCUUACAGUUACUUUAUUAGUGAAUAUAUGUAGCCUCUUAGUAAUCAGCCUCCAUCACAUUUGAAAACAAUUAUAAUUCCAGAUAUAGGAGGCAUAAUGAAAUUAAAAUCCAAAUCAUUUAUUAAGCUAUAUAGUAUGUAAAUGUGUUCCAAAAUUGUGUAUCUAUUCUUGAUUACUUUGCCUACCUUCAGAGCAAUUCAACCUUUUUUUAAUAAGAAAUGAGACAUCACAUUUCUGCUAAUUUGUCAAUAGCUGUUUGUAUGUUUAAUUUUCUUCCUUUUGUAGAAACUUCCCUCAUGAAAUUUCCAUUGAAAUCAGGUUGAUUGUCUCUUUGCCAUUUGCUUUAUUUAGAAAAAAAAUGCAAGCUCUCAAACAUCUUUUUGACAAUAAUUUCUCUUAAGUUUGAUUAUUUUCUUAUAAGAAUUAACAAGAUUACACACAAUGAACAUAUGUAUACACAUGAGUUUCUUUAUAUAUAUUUUUUAAAAUAGAGACUGUCUUUCAAACAAAUUUGAGUAUAAAUGUAUAUUUUGGACAUAAUGAAUAAUCUGAUGUAUUGUGAAAAAAUCCAAAGGCAAAGUUUUAUCAACAAUUAAUGUGGAAGACUUUGUUUUGUUAUAGUUUCAGAGCAGCAUAAAGUAUUCAUGUUCAUAUUGAAAUGACGAACUUCACUAAAAUACACCAGAAGUGUAUUUUAAUCACUGCUGAGGUGAUAAUAUACCGUAUGUAUAGAAGGAAACGAUUGCUUUCUAACUUGUAAAUAAUUGAUUCAAUUUGCAAUAUAUGCAUCUGGCGGAAAAAGACAAAUUAUCUUAUUUGUAGAUAACUUUCAAGCCUGUAAAUAUGUGUUAAUGGGUUAAAGGAGUAAAAUUUUGAUGAUUUUCACAGAUUUGUGAUUGGAAAAAUUAACUCCUAUGGAAAUUGUUGAAUUUAAAUGACAUUUAUGACAUACCCUACUUGCAACUCUGUACAAUAUUACACUAUAGGUGUAAUGUCAAUGUUGAAAAGCAAAUAGGAAAAAUAUCCAGAAAAUUAUUAUCCAGUUUUAUUCUUUCCUAAAGCAGUGCCAUUAAAAGUAGGGAAUAAACUGUUAAAAAAUGGAAAACAAGCUACUGGAUAAAAUGAAUAAAAAUCUU